GCUCAUUUUUGCACUUUUUGUAGAGACAGGGUUUCACCAGGUUGCCCAGGCUGGUCUCCAAUUCUUGGGCUCAAGUGAUCCGCCCACCCUGUUCUCCCAAAGUAUUGAAAUUACACGUAUGAAUCACCAUGCCUGGCCAGUACUGCAAACUUCACUGCCUUUCAAACUUCCAUUGAUUCUCAAGCAGUGUAUUUCAACAUGUUAUGUGUAAAACAACAACAACAACAAAAACUUUGCCUUCUCAAAAUUUGAUGUGCAGUGCUGAAUAGAAAUAGUUUCUGAGGAGGUUUCUACUCUCACAGGCGAAACUGGCUACAUAAUUAGUAGAGCCCAGUACAAAAGAAACAUAUGGGGUCCCUUGUUAAGAAAUUAUGGAAUAGUUAAAUUAAGAAUAAAAUAGUUUAGCAUUAAAUUACGUGUGUGAUCUUUUUGGGUGUGAGGCACUGUGAGACUACAUAGUAGCAUGCCAUGAAACCCUCCCUGCUCACAGGGUUAUAAGCCUGAAUCCAGCUUUGUUCCUGUGCAGCUAUCCCUUUUAGACCUGCAUAAAGCUUUGUAGCAGAAAUACUGGUGACCUUUUAGUAAGUCUUUCCCAGAAACACUCCAGAUCUCAACUGAGAAUAUUCUGAGGCAACAGGAAGUAGGACUUGAAAGGGAAACAAGGCCACCAGGCUACAGUCUGGAUGACUUAUACUAUGAAAAAGGAGAAGCAUAGGCCACUUUUUGUCUUAGCAGCCAGAGUGAGAUAGUAGUCAGGAAGUGUGGAGAAGAAACAGGAAGCUCUGAGUAACUCCUAUCACCCCACAAAGAGGGCAUCACCCUUUUCUUCCAUCAGAAUGGUGGCAGAAACCUGUGAAAUACAUCCAUUUGUCUUUGUUUCUUGGAAGAGGCUCAUGUUAUUUUCUGUUUAAAAUUAACAAGCCUGGCAUUGGUUAUUCAAAUGCUUUUAGCCCACAAUGUUUUAACCCUUCUUCCUUCUAAAAGUAGAAAAGAGUUGCAUUACCGAAAAAUACCUGUUAUUAAUUUUUAGACUUUGUUGUGCACAAGGGUAUUGUCAUUCAAUCCUGUAGGCAGUCAAGAACCCGAGUCAGUGCUUUUAGAAUCCAAGUAUAUAGGUUUAAGCUCUGGUCCCUCCACUUACUGAUUCUUCAAUCUUGAGAAAGUUAAUUAACCUCUCUGAGCCUCAGCUUUUUAAUCCACAAAAUGAGAAGAAUCUUAAAUCAUAACAACCUCAGAGAAUUACUAUAUGCAUUUGAUGUAUAAAUGUACUUAGUGUAAUACCUGCCUGGCACAUCAGAAGAACUCAGCAAAUUAUAGAUAUUUUUAUUUCAUGUAAAUACACAUAUUUCUGUACAUAAAUAUUCAUAUAUACAUAAAUAUAUUUAUAUUUCACACAUGUAUACACUUUAAGUGUGUAAUAUAUACACAUAUAUAUGUAGAAAUGCAUGUGUAUGUAGCUACUUUGAAGUUUCUGAGUUUUAAGCUAUCAGAUAUUGGUGAGGGGAAGUGUUUAGCUAGGAGGAUGCCUGUAACAGAGCCUAUUUUUGAGCUUCUGCCUGUCAUUGCUAACUCAAUAUUCAACUUACAUAGCAUUUAAAUUCAGUUACUGCUGUCUACACAAUUAUGGGCUUUCUCAGUAUAAUCCCUAUGCUUCACAUCAAGAAGACUGAGUGUUUACUUGAAUCUAAAUCUAAUAUAAUGCUCAGAAAAAUUCAGGUGUGCUUCUUGUCUGAAACGGUGGUAAUGUACUUCCAGGUGUUUUACAGAGCUUUGAUUAGGAUAUAUAAAUUGCCAUCUAUUAAGGUUAUCUUACUUAGCAACCCUCUCCCUAAUCCCUAGCCACCUGAUGUAUCUUUUUAUGUGUUACUUGAUUUUAAUCACAGAAAAUAAAUGGAAAAUAACUUGAGCUCUAGUAUCUUUUUAUGAGUACACCAACGUAGCAAAUAUCCAGGUUUCCUCUAAAAUUUCAGUUUUAUAGUUCCCUCGAGGUUAUUGAAAAAAGAAGUUUCAUUAUUAUAUUCUCAAUAUAGAAUUCACCAAAAAAUAUUAAGUUGAAAAAAAGAAAGAAAUGCAGAGGCAACUGUAUUCCAACAUAAACAUUAUUUACCACUUCUUAUUGUCUAAAUAUGCAAAUAAAAACGAAAAUAAGGAAUGCUUCUCUGUUGCUUUGGUAGUGGAUAAAAUAAUUUCAACAGUAGUCUUUUAAAAAUCUGUUUGGUAAAUGUGUUUUCUGUAAAAUGAGUUAUUUGGUUUUUGUCAUUUACGUGGAAAAUUGAAUGUAAAAAUAAAAUAAAUGUGAAUGUGAAAAUGAAAGCCUUACAAAAAUUCCCGAGUGAAAAUCUCUGACUUGGAGGUUUGACUGAAUAAAUUAUUUCUGGGCUUUUGAAUUAUUAAUCUUGGCUACAUGAUAUGCAAAUAAGACUGUACUAACCAUGUCCAGCGGCACAGCGCUGGGUCAGAAGCUAUAUCCAGCUGCUGGCAGAGUUUCUGUGAAGCGAUCAGGUCUUCCAACAGAAUGGCAUGGAAUGCAACUUGCAAAAAUUGGCUGGUAGCAGAGGCUGCCCUGGAAAAGUACUACCUUUCCAUUUUUUAUGGGAUGGAGUUCAUUGUGGGAAUCCUUGGAAAUACCAUCGUUGUUUAUGGCUACAUAUUCUGUCUGAAAAACUGGAACAGCUCUAAUAUCUAUCUCUUUAACCUCUCUAUCUCGGACUUAGCUUUUCUGUGUACCCUCCCCAUGCUGAUGAGGAGUUAUGCCAAGAACAACUGGAUAUAUGGAGACGUGCUCUGCGUAAGCAACCGAUAUGUGCUUCAUGCCAACCUUUAUACCAGCAUUCUCUUUCUCACUUUUAUCAGCAUAGAUCGAUACUUGCUGAUUAAGUAUCCUUUCCGAGAACACCUUCUGCAAAAGAAAGAGUUUGCUAUUUUAAUCUCUUUGGCCAUUUGGGUUUUAGUAACCUUAGAGCUACUGCCCAUACUUCCCCUUAUAAAUCCUGUUAUAACUGACAAUGGCACCACUUGUAAUGAUUUUGCAAGUUCUGGAGAUCCCAAGUACAACCUCAUUUACAGCAUGUGUCUAACACUGGUGGGGUUCCUUAUUCCUCUUUUUAUGAUGUGUUUCUUCUAUUACAAGAUUGCUCUCUUCCUAAAGCAGAGGAAUAGGCAGGUUGCUACUGCUCUGGACCUUGAAAAGCCUCUCAACUUGGUCAUCAUGGCAGUGGUGAUCUUCUCUGUGCUUUUUACACCCUACCAUGUUAUGCGGAAUGUGAGGAUCACUUCUCGCCUGGGGAGCUGGAAGCAGUAUCAAUGCACUCAGGUCGUCAUCAACACCAUAUACAUUGUGACACGACCUUUCGCCUUCCUGAACAGUGUCAUCAACCCAGUCUUCUAUUUUCUUUUGGGAGAUCACUUCAGGGACAUGCUGAUAAAUCAGCUGAGACACAACUUCAAAUCCCUUACAUCCUUCAGAGGAUGAGCUCAUGAACUCCUAUUUUCAUUCAAAGAAAAGCAAGGUGCUUAUGAAACAGAUUGUUUUACAAAUGCAACUGUAGGCUUGCUUUAACUUGCAGACAUCAAUCAGAGAGUGUCACAGAUUUAACCUUUAUCUAAAGACAAGUUGUACCCAGAGUAUGUGAAAAGAAUGGGAUGACAAGAAUGUAUUGGUUUCUUCCUCUAAUAAUUGAAAGGAGUUGGACUGCCUUAGGUUUGGGCAUGCAACUCAAAAAUGCUAGAUGUUAUAAGACUUUCUCAGUCAGUGAAAAAAUGCAAGAUAUAUAAAGCAAGUUGUCUGCACUUGAUCACUUGUCAGAUU